CUUUUAGCCUAUCUGAGCGGAAAACGGCCCAACAUGGCAACACAGCCCCCCCACACCUUGAUUAUGAUUGGCUGUUCGGUCUAAACCAAAGGCUCGUCAUGUGACAACGAGCAUCCUGACAAACGAGCAGGAAGUGUUUGUGCGGGUCCAGGAUGACGACGGCCCUCCUCUGUUUCCUUCUGGCUGGUCCAGUGCUGCUGGUCGCUGCCAGCCCAGUUCAUGACCCCAACAAUGGGACCACACCACUGGUGAUCUGGCAUGGGAUGGGUGACAGCUGUUGCAACCCUCUCAGCAUGGGAGCGAUAAAGAAGAUGAUCGAGGAAGAGAUCUCUGGCAUUUACGUGCUCUCACUGAUGAUUGGGAAAAACGUCAUAGAGGACACAGAAAAUGGGUUUUUCAAGGACGUGAAUGAGCAGGUGUCCAUGGUGUGCAGUCAGCUUGCUCAGGACCCAAAGUUGAAGGGAGGAUACAACGCUAUGGGCUUCUCACAGGGGGGGCAAUUUCUGAGGGCCGUGGCUCAGCGCUGUCCCUCUCCACAAAUGAAAACCCUGAUCUCUGUCGGCGGUCAGCACCAAGGCGUGUACGGGCUGCCCAGGUGUCCCGGAGAGAGCUCUCACAUCUGUGACAUGAUACGCAAAGCUCUGAACAGCGGAGCCUACACCGACAUGGUUCAGAAGCACCUGGUGCAGGCGCAGUACUGGCACGACCCGUUAAAUGACGACCUGUACAAGAAGCACAGCCUCUUCCUGGCCGACAUCAACCAGGAGAGGGUUGUAAAUGAGACUUACAAGAAGAAUCUUCAGCAGCUGGAGAAGUUCGUCAUGGUCAAGUUCCUGCAGGACAGUGUGGUGGAUCCUGUAGAUUCUGAGUGGUUUGGCUUCCUGAAAACCGGCCAGGCCAAAGAGACGGAGACUCUGCAGGAGAGUCUUCUCUACAAAGAGGAUCGUUUGGGCCUGGCAGCGAUGGACAAGGCCGAGAAGCUGGUUUUUCUGGCCACGAAGGGAGACCACCUCCAGUUCACCAGGGAAUGGUUCAACCAAAACCUGCUGCCAUACUUGGGCUAAAUACACCUUUUAUUAGGGGUAGAAAAAAACACUGGAAGUAAAAUAUAAUAUAAUGCAAGUUAAGAGUUAAAAUAAAGCUUAACAACCAGAGCAGGGAUGCAGAGAGAACGUAGUUCAUUCAUUUUGCACUGAUCACACGUAACAUGUUGAUGCAGCUUUUCUAAAUACAUUUUAGCAGCUAAUUUUUGUUAGUCCAUCUCUGUACUACUAACACUCAAAUAGGAAUAUGGAAUUUUUUUUUUUUAAUCGUUUUAAAUGACUAAUGUAUAUAAUUGAACUGAAUUGAUGCAUCUGUAACUUCCAAUAAAGACAGAACAUUCA